CAAUACUAAUAUUAUGGAGUUGGCUUUUCAUGAUCCAUUCCAGAACCUGUAAAUAUCUCGUUUCUGCCUGAAAAAUACCUUCGAAAUGAUCGGAAGGCUAGCUUUCUGGCGCAGAGAUGGGCUCUCAACCACCGAAGACUGUCUGUCAUGUCGUUUAGUGAGUGGAAGUGGUUUUCUCGGCAUCGGCGCAUUUCUGCUGGCGCAAUCGAAGAAGCGUCCACAACCGCUGGAGAAUUACACGAUGAAAGGCUUGGCGGCAGCCGCUGGAAUCUUGGGCGUGGCGCUGCUGGCAGACGCGAGUUUUCUGAAACCAACCAUCGUUGAAGACCCCAAGGAGGAGCAAAUUAAGGCAGUAAAAGCAGCCAAGGAUCACGAGUUCUUUUCAAGACGUUAGGGGACGAAAUUUUCUAUUUUAAAUUUAAAUUAAAUCAAAUGUUUCUUAUAUCCGUCCUAUAACAAUUUAGUUGCUUUCAAGCUUAUGUUCGGUAAGAUAUGAGAUUUUUGACAAUAUAAACCUUUAUUUCGAUCUA